AUGAAAUGUAGUUAUUUACAUAUAUUUGAUACUAUUAUAUUGCCAAUCAUCAUCGUAACCAACGUAAUUUGUUAUCGCAACAUCACCAAUCAUCUAUUUAUAACUAGUAGCAGUGUAUCCGAUUUAAAUAGUGGUCACUUUGUAAAAUAUAGACUAUAUGCUGGUGAAGAUGAUAUAUUCGUGGAUACUUGCAAGAUAACCGUUAAGGCUGGAGAUGGUGGCAACGGUUGUCUAUCUUUUAGGCGAGAAAAACAUGUUCCUCUAGGAGGACCAUCUGGCGGUAGUGGUGGGCACGGAGGGAAUGUGUAUGUGCUAGGCGACAAAGCACUAACAAAUCUUUACCAGAUUAAAAUGAAAACAUAUUUUAAAGCUUCUAAUGGCCUAAAUGGCAAGGGUUCUCAGCGUAGGGGAAUAAAAGGCAAGGAUAUCGAUGUUAGGAUACCAUUAGGUACACUAAUUUACGAUGCUAACGGUAACUUUGUUGGAGAAAUAACUUCUCACAAUCAACGAAUAUGCGUUGCAAGGGGAGGGAGGGGAGGGAGGGGCAAUUUUUCUUUCAGAUCCCAAAGAAAUAAUGCUCCUCAUAUGUCCGAAAAGGGAGAAAUUGGUGUGACUCGGGAUUUACACUUUACAUACAAAAUUCUGGGUGACGUAGGUCUAGUUGGCCUGCCAAAUUCGGGCAAAAGUUUACUACUCUCAAGGGUUACAAAUGCAAAUCCCAAAGUAGGACCGUUUCCAUUUUGCACAACAAAACCCAAUUUGGGUGUCUAUCCAGCACAAAAUAUACAAGUGCAGACAGAUUUAUUAAAUGAUUCUUUAGAUCUGCCCACACAAUUGAUUGAUGGUGAUCAUCUAGACAGUGAAAAUCGUACAUAUACUCAACAAUUCGGCAUAAACACCAUGGAAUCUGCAACAAUUGUUGAAGAAUCUGACUCUGCUAGUGAUUUGGACGUAAACGAUCCAUCGAGAAUUUACAGUGAAUUGAACGACUCAGGCACUAAUCAUCAAGAUCAUGUGAUAGACGAUAUGGUUGGACUUACCUCAUUUAAUGUCGAAAAAAUAACAGAAGAUGGCAAAAAUAGUUACAGGAUGGUAAUUGCAGACAUACCCGGAAUUGUUGAAGGUGCACAUGAAGGAAAGGGUUUGGGAUUGGAUUUUUUGAAACAUAUACAAAAAUGCCAUAUCCUAGUUCACAUAAUAGACGCAUCAUCUAAAGAUCCAUUGAGGGACUAUCAAAUUGUUACUAAUGAAAUGCAGCACUAUGACCCCAAUUUACUUAAAAAGAUUCAGAUUAUAUUAUUAAACAAGUCAGAUUUAGUAUCCAGUAAUGAUAUGGAGUUGUUAGUGAAUAAUUUCAAAAAAAUAUGCGUCAAUGAAUACGUAUAUGCCGUGUCAGCAUUAAUUGGCGAUAAUUUGGGCGAUGUAUUCGACAUAAUCCUUAAAAAACGCACAGAAUGUAUCAAAGCUUCUAGUGACAGUGAAGAAUUGCAAGGUGAUGAAUCAGGCGGUAAUUCUAAAGGAUUGGAUUAUUUUAGUGCCAUGGAUGAUUUCAGAAAGUACAGCCCAAGAGAUUACACGAUACACAAAGUUGCAGAGGGGGUAUACAGGCUAUACGGAAAGUAUUUAGAGAGGAAGGUUGGUAUGAUGAACUUGGAUCAGUACGAGUCGGUGUUGUGGUUAAACAGGCUGUUAGAUAAGUAUGGUGUGAUGAAUAAGGUUAAGGCGUGCGGGGCUCAACCUAAUGAAAUAUUGCUGAUCGGCAAGUAUGAGUUUACUAUUCCCAAAAUUUAG